AUGCCCGCCAAAUCGCGAUUCACGAGGCUAGACGCCUUUACCAAAACGGUCGAAGAUGCGCGCGUUCGUACAACCUCUGGAGGAAUCGUCACAAUCGUGAGCCUGUUGGUUAUCUUCUGGUUAACGUGGGGCGAAUGGGCCGACUAUAGGAGAGUGACUGUUAGGCCCGAAUUAGUCGUAGACAAGGGACGAGGCGAGCGCAUGGAAAUCGCGUUGAACAUAUCGUUCCCGCGAGUACCAUGCGAACUGAUUACGCUAGACGUCAUGGAUGUCUCUGGAGAACUACAGAUGGGUGUAACACACGGUAUCAACAAGGUUCGAUUGGGCCCGGAGAGAGAGGGUAGCAAGGCCAUUGAAAUCAAGGCCCUAGAUCUGCAUGCCGAUGAAGCCUCCCACCUUGCCCCUGAUUACUGCGGUGAAUGUUUUGGCGCACCCGCCCCUGCCAACGCGAAGAAGCCCGGUUGCUGCAACACCUGCGACGAAGUGCGUGACGCCUAUGCUUCCAUAUCAUGGUCCUUCGGUCGUGGAGAGGGUGUCGAACAAUGCGAGCGGGAGCACUACGCAGAGCAUCUUGACGAGCAGCGCCAGGAAGGAUGCCGUCUCGAAGGUAGCAUCCGUGUCAACAAGGUCGUUGGAAACUUCCAUAUCGCUCCCGGAAAGUCGUUCUCCAACGGCAACAUGCACGUGCAUGAUCUGGAAAACUACUUCAAAGACGAAUAUGCGCAUACUUUCACGCACAAGAUCCACCAGCUCCGAUUCGGUCCUCAGCUGAGCGAUGUAGUUGUUCAGGGUAUACAAGAUAAGCACCGAGGUUCCGGCCCUGGUAGCUGGUCGAAUCACCACAUCAACCCCCUUGACAACACCGAGCAGCAUACUGACGAAAAGGCUUUCAACUUCAUGUACUUUAUCAAGGUUGUCUCGACAGCUUAUCUGCCCCUUGGCUGGGAGGACGCUGCUCCUCGCCUCACCAAGCAUGAUGAACUCCUCGGCUCUACCAUCGAUGCUUCGCACAAGGGUAGCAUUGAGACACAUCAGUACUCUGUAACGAGCCAUAAGCGAAACCUGAAGGGUGGCAAUGAUGAACAGGAUGGACACAAGGAAAGGAUUCACGCUCGUGGUGGUAUUCCAGGUGUCUUCUUCUCUUACGAUAUCUCACCCAUGAAAGUCAUCAACCGCGAAGUCCGUGAAAAGACCUUCUCUGGCUUUCUUGUCGGCCUUUGCGCCGUGAUUGGUGGUACACUUACUGUUGCUGCUGCUGUUGACCGCGCCCUAUACGAGGGUGUGAACAGGAUCAAGAAGAUUCAUUCCCAGUAG